CCGGCAAGGUACCGUUCUAUGCAGCUCCCUUCAAGACGACACCUGCGGGCGCGUUGGCAGCUAGUGGCGCAGUGAGUUCUCGCCCCAACGCAAGUCCGCCAUCUGCUAAAGCGGGGAAAAGCCUGACUCCUCCCCCAGGCGGCGCAAGCCCGCUGGCGAGCGCAGCGGGGGGUGCAACAGCAGCUGCAGGAACGGGUUCGGCCGCCGGUUCGGCAGCAGCUACGGCGGGCUCGGGUGCAGCAGGAGGAGCGGCGCCAGCUGCGGGUGCGGUUGCGGGUGCUGCGGCGGCAGUAGCAGCAGGAGCGGUGGUGGGAGCGGCAGCUGCCAGCGCCACGGCAACAAAGACGCCGGCAGCCGCGAGAGCCGCCGCUGUUCCCGCUGCGGGCGCAGCUGGCGCGGGAGUGGUCGCAGGAGCGGCGGCAGCUAAGUCAGGAAACGACGAGGACGAAAUCGAUCCGUCCGAGCAGUGGUGGUUCCCCGCUGAAGAGCUCGACCAGGCUACAGAACGCUUCGCUCUUUCGAACAAGCUCGGGUCGGGAACUUUCGGAACGACUUACAAGGGAGUGUUGGAAGACGGGCAGGAAGUGGCAGUGAAAGUGCUGAAAGUGAAAGGCAAGCCCCCAGUUAUUCACAAGGACAUCAAGUCAUCUAACAUUCUGCUGGAUGCGCAGUACGGGGUCAAGCUGAGUGACUAUGGCUCAGCCAAGCUGGCAGGAGAUGCCGCCCUCACAACCAUCGUCAGCUCGGCCGGCUCUUAUGGUUACCUGGCGCCGGAACAUGCGCUCACAGGCAAGCUCACAGAGAAGUCGGACGUGUACUCGUUUGGAGUGGUGUUGCUGGAGCUUAUAACAGGGAGGAAGCCCAGCGACAAGCAGAGAGGACAGAAGGACAGCCUGGUUGAGUGGGCUCGGCCACUCCUUGCCUCCAACACGCUCAAGGAGCUGGCGGACCCGAACCUGGAUGGAUGUUUCGGGGUGAAGGAGAUGGAUCGUGUUAUUGUGGCUGCCUCACAGUGUGUGAGGCAGUCGGCUGUCCUCCGACCAAGCAUGAGCCAGCAGGAUGGGCUGUCGGUGGUUUGGAGGGAAACUAGACGGUCGCUGAGAAGGAUCUCUCCAAAGGGCGUCGCAGGGGAGCUCAUCAAACUCGCCAUCCCUGCUGUCAUCGCCGGAUUGGCGGAGCCUGUCGCGCAACUUACGGAGACUGCAUUCAUUGCACGAACCGGAGCCGUGAGUCUCGCGGCCAUUGGCGUGUCCAUCUCUGUUUUCAACCUCGUCUCCAAGGUCUUCAACUUCCCCCUCCUCAACAUCACCACGUCCUUCGUUGCUGAGGAUGGCGAAGCCAGGGCGAAAGCAGAAGCAGCAUCAGCGUCCGCAGCAGCAGCGCCGGGGGAGAAGCGAGUGGUGCCUGCGGUGUCAGCAGCGCUGCUGGUGGGAGCCAUUCUUGGGAUUGUCGAGGCCGUGGUUCUCGCCACUGCUGCUGCACCCAUUCUCGGCGCCAUGGGCGUCCCUGCGACAUCGCCCAUGCGCGGGCCAGCCCUGCACUACCUCUCCCUCAGGGCGCUGGGUGCACCUGCUGUGGUGCUGGCUUUGGCGACUCAAGGGGUGUUCCGAGGUUUCAAAGACACUCGCACUCCGCUCAUCGCUCAAGUGGGGGGCAACAUCGUCAACAUCGCCCUGGAUCCCGUCCUCAUGUUCGCAUGCGGGCUGGGCGUCAGUGGAGCAGCGUUCGCCACAGUGACAGCGCAGUACAGCAUCGCGGCCUUCAUGCUGUGGCAGCUCAGCCAGCGGGUGGUGCUCAUGCCUCCCCGCCUCUCCCACCUCAAACUCGACCGCUUCCUCAAGUCAGGUGGCCUUCUGCUGGGUCGCACUCUCGCUCUGCUCUGCACCAUGACUCUUGCCACUUCCAUGGCAGCGCGGCAGGGCCACACGAGCAUGGCGGCACAUCAGAUCGCGAUGCAGAUCUGGCUCGCUGUCUCUCUCAUGUCCGACUCCGUGGCUCUUGGCGCUCAGACCAUGCUGGCGUCAUCCUUUGCGCGCCACGAUGCGAGGAGUGUGAGGAGGAUUGCCAUGCGCGCCACACAGAUGGCGCUGCUCAUGGGCCUCACCACCGCCGCCCUGCUCACCCUCGCCACGCCCUACAUCCCCCGCGCAUUCACGUCCGACCACACGGUUCAGAAGGCUCUCACGUCUCUCAUGCCAUUCGUGGCAGCCACACAGCCCAUCACAUCUCUCGCCUUUGUCUUUGACGGGUUACACUACGGCGCAUCCGACUUUGCCUACGCCGCCACUGCAAUGAUCACAGUGAUGCCGCCCAUAGCUGGUGUACUGGCGUAUGCCCCGAAGGUCAUGGGCAUUCAUGGCGUGUGGGUCGGCCUCACACUCAUCAUGACUGCACGCAUGCUCAUCGGCUUAGCAAGCAUUGGGUUCGUUAUUUCGACGCUCCUGCUGGUAGCGUCGUCUUGCGCGCUGACAGCAGGCGGAGCAGGCGGAAGCAAUCAUGGCGGAAGGAUCAGCGGAAGCAGACGAGGAAUGGCGCAGCUUUUAGCAGCCGGGGAAGCGCCUUCCCACCGCCCCAUGCGGUUCUAUCCCACAAUGGCCGCUCCCACCGUACCCUUGUGGUGGAACAUCAACCAGCUUUACUACGACCGUAACGGGCGUUUCAUCUCCAGCUCCGUUACAAUUGCAGAUGAAACGUCCGACACGGCCUAUUCCCGCGGCUCGACUCUAAGCGACUCUGAGAUCGACUCGCUCGUCUCAUCUGCCAUAAGCGGCCAAAAGCUGCCGUACGAUCCAAACGGCGUGUACUUCGUUCUCUCAGAUGAAACGGUCGGCCAGUCUUCCCAGGGAUCCGCGUUCUGCACGCACUACUGCGGCUGGCACACCUACACGGACGUCUCUGGCAAGGGCCGCGUGGUCAGCGGCUGGAUAGGAAACGCCAAGACCCAGUGUCCUAAGAGCUGCAUCGUAGGCACCAUUGCAAGCUCGUCCGCCUCGCCCAACCGGGACAAGGGCAUGGAUGGGCUCCUGUCCGUGUAUGCGCACGAGCUAGCAGAGGCAACUAGUAGCCCAUAUCUGCAGACGUGGAUGGACGACAAAGGGGACGAGAACGCCGAUAAAUGCGGAUGGAAGCUCGAGCUCGUCAUCGCCACCAUUGACAAAAUCACCGCCACCAUCAGGCUACUCGGCACCCCCGCCACCCCCACCGUCGCCGCCACCCGGUUCAACUCUCGCUGA